CAGGCUUGUCCCCCCAGCAGGACGUGGUGACGCUGAGCAUGUUUUGGGUUUGCCCCGAUUCUCCUGGUGGGGUCCUGCUCCUCUGCCCCGAGUUUGGUCAGGUCUCAGCCUGGGGGGGACCCAGAGUAAUGGCGCCUGCCCGGGUCCCCUCCUGUUUCCAAGGCAGGGGUGCGGUGCAUAAAGGAGUCUGGUCCCAGGCUGGGGACAGCAGCCUCGUCCCCCCCCCUCCCCAAGGACCCUCCUGGUGGGAGCAGCCGGGGUUGCAGCUCACCCCCAGGACCCCUCAGCACCCGGCAGGAUGAGGCUGGUCACUGGUGUCCCCCAGCAUCACCCCCUGUUGGUGUCCCCUGGCCAGCCUGGGGUGGCCUUCCUCCUCCUCUCCCAGAGAAUAACCCUGUGGGGUGUCCCCAAGCCCCGGCAGCCCCUCCGGUGCGGUACCGCUCUGCAGUGCUGCCCAGCCAUGCUUGCCGCAGCUAGUGCUGCCAGCACAGCCCAACCUCCUGCUGCGGCACAGGGCCAGCCUCGGCCUUGCCGGGAGGCCACGGGCUCCGCACACCCCCCUGGCACAACGCUGCAGGGCCUGCAGUGCACCCCCACCCCAUGGGGGGGCCCUGCCAGCACCCUCACCUCUCCCACCAGGGAUGGGGCCCCCCCACUGGCACCAGAGCUGAGCCUGUGCUCACCUGCUGGGACCCUCCCACCAUGUCCCCAUGGGGGGACAGCAUGGUACCCUGUGGGGGCUGGGCUGCCCCCUCCCGUGGCCACACCACAGCUCGGGACCCCCCUGCUCUGCCAGCAAGAGCCAUCGGGGUCCCCUGGCCCAGAUGUGCUGGUGUCCAGAUGUGCUAGCACCCAGGUAUGGUGGCACCUAAAUGUGCCAGUCCCCAUGCACCCCCUUGCCCAGAUGUGCUGGCACCCAGCUGCACCAGUCCCCGUGCAUCCUGGUGCCCAGAUGUGCUGGCACCCAGAUAUGCUGGUGUCCAGCUGUGCCAGUCCUCAUCCACCCAGGUGUGCCCGGAUGUGCUGGACCCUGCCCUGCCCAUGCCCAGGGCCAGCGGCCCCCCUCAGCCCCCCAACACUUGGAGACGGGCUGAGCUGUGCUGGGGCCUUUAUUCACCGGGAUGCUGACAGUGUGUGCCCCACCUCCUGCCCGCUCCCACCCUGGCACCCCCGUCGCUGGGACCCUGCACCCCAAAACUGGGGGGGAGCUCCCUGGGGAGGGACCAUCCAGAGACACGGAGGGUCCAGCGGCUGUUAUUGCUCACAGCACACAGCCCCAAGCAGUGCCUGGCACCGGCAGGGAUGUGAGGACCCCCAAACGUGGGGCAGAUUGGGCAGUUGGUGGUUGCUGCUGAGGUCCAUAGGGAAAAGCGCUGCUGGGAGGAUGAGGAGGGAGCAGGAGGAAGAUGCAGGGGAGAUGGGGGCAGGGGGAACGCCAGCUCCUGAAGGAAUUUGUGGUCGUGCAAAGUUUCUGUCAACAGCAGCAAAGGAAGAAUUGUCAUGUGCCUGCAGUCAUCAGUAG